AUGCUCCCCUCGCACCACAUUGCGUGUAAGCCUGCUGGCCACAGGUCGGCAAGUGACGAUUUCCACGGCAUCUCGUAUGCAACCAUGCUCGACCUUGCCACGGUUUUGGGUCAAAUGCUUGGGGGAGGCGAAUGGACCAGGAAACGGGCUUCUCUUGCGGUGUCCAUAUUCAUUGGCAUUUGGAGGGCUAGGAAGCUGACUCUUGAGUUCUUGAUAUACGAGGGCAGAUCAAGGCAGAAGGUGUAUCUGGAUUUGCUACGGAGUAUUGGUCCGUUCUUCUGGGGCCCGGUGUCAAUACAGAUUGUUCUAAUCAUUGGGUCAUCCACGCAAUUCGCUCCAGGCCCAGCCCAAAAGCUCCUGGAGAUACAAACCACCAACAGACGUUAUUACACAGGCACGCCAGAAAUCGGCGACUUCCUGUUCGGAGCCAGAACUUCUCAGCACACCUUGUUAUCAUCCUCGCACAACAAGACAUUGCCAUAG